ACUCCACCCCUCCCUGCCCUCUUCUUUCCUUUAUGAGUCCCUCUUCUUUCCCUUCUCCAUCUCCCCAAAUAACUAAUAACCUCUCUCUCCUCCCCUCCCGUCCCCUCCUCUCUUGUCCUGUUCUUCUAAAAUUAACCAUGACUGCCCUCCUCUUGUUUGCCAUCCUCUUCACUUGUGGCCUUAUCAAUUCCGUCUUCUUUUUCCACCCUUCAAAGCUCUUGGCAUGGCUUUGUUCGAUUCUUCGUAUAGCUUCUUUUUCUCCAAAGCCAAAAGAGAAAGCUCCCAAGAAGGAUGACAACGAAGUGGUAGUUAGCAAGGUGACGGUCGAGAAGCCCAACCUUGAGACGAUAUUCGCCACCUUCGAUAGAGAUGGCGACGGCUUCAUCACUGCGAAGGAGCUCGAGGAGUCGUUCAAGAGGUUGGGGAUGUUCAGCACGAGAAAUGAGAUCAUGAGCAUGAUGGAGAGGGUCGACACCAAUGGAGACGGCCUCAUAGACCUCGAGGAGUUUAGAGAGCUCUAUGAUUCGAUAGGAAGAGGCCGAGGACUGGGUCAAGGUGGAGAAGAUGGUGACGAGAGAGUGGAGAGAGGUAGAUUGGAGGAGGAGGAAGAAGAAGAAGAUGAAGAGAUGGAGUUGAGACAUGCCUUUGAUGUGUUUGAUGAGAACGGGGAUGGACUGAUAACGGUGGAGGAGUUGGGAUUGGUGCUGGCUUCUUUGGGGUUGAAGAGAGGGGCCACGGUGGAGGACUGCAGGGAUAUGAUAAGGAAGGUGGAUUUGGAUGGGGAUGGCAUGGUGAACUUUGAGGAGUUCAAGAAGAUGAUGAAGGGUGGGAAGGUCUUUUGAUGGUGCAAGUGUGUCACUUACCUCUGCAGUAUUGGGGAGAUCUGUAGUCAGUGGACAUGGUUGUCUCUCUUCUUUGCUAUAAAGGUGUCUGUACCUUCAAAGAAACUUAUGCUAACUUUUUUUAACUUU